AUGCAACAAAAUAUGAGUGAAUUAAUUGAUUAUAUUGCACUUUUUGCCAAUGCAUUAGAAAAACAAAAUCCUGUUGAAUUCCAAAAAUGUAUUACCAUCAAUCCUCCAUUAUCAGUUGCCAACAUUAGAAAAGAAUUUCCUGAACCAACAGAAAUUGAUUUAUAUCAUAUACCUGAAAAAUUCAGGCCUGUUUUGAUAUGCCAUUUAAAGCUUAUAAAGGCUGUUUAUACCGAGAAAUCCCUUGAUUCUGCAUUUGAUGCAUUAGAAGAAAUGAUUAAAAAUUUGAUUAGGGCUAGUUCAACACAACCAAACUGGAUCAAUGGACCAUUAAUUCAAUGUUAUAAAGAUUUGAUUGCUGUUUAUAAUACAAAAGAAGCAAAAAAUCCUGAAAAUCUUGAAGAUUUUAUUCAAGAUGAAAGUGGAUUACCUUGGGGACAAGCACCUAGAAAGAGCCAUUUACAUAGAUUGGUGGAUAUUUGUAAAGAUGGAUUUUCAUUAUCAUUUGGGGAUAAAAAUGAGAAUGCUGAGUUGAGUAAAAAGAAGGAUAUUUAUUUCUUUUUAUCCAAUUUGAUUAAAUUUUCUAUUAAGCUUGGAAAUUUCAAUUUUGCUGAAUCAUGUUUGACAGCCGUUAAACAACAAGCAAACACCUUACCCAAACUAGAUGCAUCGAUUAGUAACAAGAAGUAUGGGGUUGCAUAUUUGUAUUACCAAGGAUUGAUGGCAUUGGAUAAUGGGAAGUUUUCCGAAAGUGAAAAAUACCUUGAUGAAGCAAUUGAGUUGAUGGCAGAUUAUCAAGAUACAAAAAGUAAACAACUUGAACAAAUUUUGUUGAUUUUAAUUCCAUUGAAAUUACAUAACAAAGGACAGAUGCCACUGAAGAAAGUCUGGCUUAAAUAUCCUUCAUUAAGAGUGCUAUAUCGUGAUAAUUUUUUAAAAGCCAUUAGACAAGGUGAUAUUGCCAAGUUUGAUGAAUCAAUGGAAAAGUUUAGGGUUGUUUUGUUGAAAAGACACUUGUAUAUGUUGGUCGAGUUAUUAAGAGAAAUUGUCUACGUACAAUUAUUCCGUACUACAUUCAAGAUCUGUUCUAGUCUUAAUCAAGGGGAUAAGGCACAUAUUGUUGCUCUUAAUGCAUUCCAAUUGGCACUUGAAUAUUCUACCUUUCACAAUAGUCAAAAAGGAGAUUUCAAUUUCUCCACAGAUCAUCUUUAUCAAGUGACAUUAAGUGAUGUAGAAUAUAUCUUUGGUAAUUUAGUGAUGAAAGGUAAAGUUAAAGGAUAUAUUCAUCAUCAACUGAAACGUAUUGUGUUUGCCAAAGGAGACCCAUUUGUAACAACAAAGAAGGGACCACCAUCCCAGCAACAAGCUCGAACUAAUUCACCAACUCCAGUGUCAUCUACAGCACAAGCCAAAGCCUGGGGUUAG